AUGGUGAGGUCACUUUCUCAAUUAAUAACUGGUUUGCUAGUAACGUAAUACAGAAAUACUUAGUUCGAGACAACACAUUUGGGUCACUACUUAAACCCAGAAAAAGUUUAUUCUAUUGAACCUUUUUCCUCGCACGUCCAAAUGAUGAUAGGAAUUAGUUCUGUUUACGAAUUUAUGAUUAUUUGGUUAAUAUUAAUAUUUUCGAUUCGCUGUUAUUUCUGGAUUAAAGAAUGCAUUUAUUAUCCUCCCGGUCCUUACAAUAUUCCGUUUAUCGGAUACGUGCCUUUUAUUUUGGCCAAACAUCCCCAUAAAUUGCUAGACAAACUACGACAUAAAUACGGAAAUCUCUUUGGAUUCCACGUGGGAAAACGCUACAUUCUUGUACUAAAUGAUUACGCAACUGUUAAGGAUUUGAUAAAUAAAGAAGAAUUUUUGAAUAGACCAAACAUUCCUCCCAUGAGUUUGCUUAAUAAAAACUCAUUGGUUUCAUCGAAUGGAAGAAUAUAUAAGAGAGAAAAACGGCUUUCCAUGAAAAUUUUACAUAAGUUGGCUUUUGAAAAUAAAUUCUUGGAAAGUGUAAUUCAGGAAGAAAUUUUUAAUUUGAUGAAGGAUUUUCAAAAAUUGGAAGGGAAACCUUGUGACAUUCGGUACCUUCUAAAGAGGAGUACGUCUAACAACAUAUCAAGCUUAUUAUUUGGUCAGAGAUUGGACUACGACGAUCACAGAUCUCGUAUUAUGCUAGAAAGUACGGAAUUGUUCGACAGCUGCAACUUCUACGGGGAUCCCUCCGUCUUCUUUCCGUUUCUAAAACCUCUGGUAUAUUUGUUUACUGAUUACGAACGACGUCUUCUCUGGUCGGAUAUGAUGGAAAGUGUCCUAAGAAAAGAAGUAGAUGAACGUAACCAACGUUUGAAUGAGAAUCACGUUAUAGACUAUAUGAAUGCGUAUCUCUCAGAAGUAAAGACGAGUCCUUUGCAUUCUGUAAAUUCGCUUCUGGGAAAUUCCAAAGCAUUCUUCAUCGGGGGUAGCGUAACACUUUCGAGUACUUUUGAAUGGUUUGUCAUAGCCAUGGCUAUUUAUCGUGAUGUGCAAUCUCGUUGCUUCGAAGAGAUCAACAGAGUUGUCGGAUUAGAAAGACCAGUUGAAAUGUCUGAUUUCACAACAUUGACGUAUGUUCGUGCUGUUAUGCUCGAAACUUUUAGAUGGAAGACACUGGUACCUCUUAAUUUGGCUAGAAGCAUAGCGAAUGACGUGGAAUAUCGAGGUUACAUCUUGCCAAAGAAUGCAUUUGUCUUCGUCAAUAUUUGGGCCAUCCACAACGAUCCAGAAAUUUGGAAGAAACCGGAAGAGUUUUAUCCCGAAAAUUUCCUCGAUGAAGACGGGAAUAUCAUCAAUUCUGAAUUUUGCAUUCCCUUUAGCAUCGGUCGAAGAUCUUGUCCGGGAGAAAACAUUGCAAUCUUAGAAGCGUUUCUUUAUAUGGCUGCAUUUAUCCAGAAAUAUACUUUUCAUCCUCCCUCCGACAAAGAAACUUUUGACUUAGACGGCAUAACCACACUUACUCAUUAUUCGAAACCGUUCGAAAUUCUUUUUCGUCCAAGAACGUAAACGAAUAGAAGUUAUUAGACAAAUCUAUCUCAAGAGAAAUUUUUUAAAUUCUUUAAUUUGGUGAGUUAAAAAAUGCAGGGGCGUGCCGUGACAUUUGAUGAU